CGGCAACGGCGGCGGCGCCCUCUGCUGCUGCUGCCCUCCCGCGGUAACAGUGGAUAUUACAAGUAGGAUCUUGGAUGAAAUUUCAAGGCCUGCAUCUAGCUCAAGACCUAAUUGUAGAUCUUUAAAUACAUCUAUGGAGUUAUUAACACCAGAACCAUGUUUGCAAAAGGUUGAUUCACCUGUCAGUUUGGCUGAUGGUUAUCAGAGAGGCAGUCUAGAAGAUUGCUGUCCAGCAGAAAAUAAAGGUGAUGACAGAGAUAAAUCUGAUGUCCAGGAAGUAAGAACUGAUCAGCAAGCAGUGGAGAGCAUGACCUUCUCCCUUCACAAGUGUCUAUGGAAUCCUGAUGAGUUGUCAGGAUGUAGCUCUAAUUCAGAUUCUCGAGAUGUAAACACUGAAACACAGACGUCAAAAUUCUGUGAAUUUUCCCCAGGACAACCAAGUAAUGCAAAGUCAGAUGUUACUUCACAAACUUUGAAAUCCAAUGAAUCUUCCCCAGGAAAACUAGACUCUUCUGACUUGGAAUGUUCUGAAGACACGGAUAUAAAUGCUCAGAUUCAAGCAGCUAUAAAGAAAAUGAAUAAACUUGACACAAUACUUGAAAAACAGUGUUUUAAGGAAAAAGUAGUUAAAAAGCAAGGCAGAGAAAUGAGGGCAAUGCUCUGGGAAGAACUUCAGUGUAUCAGAACCACAGGAAGCCACGAGGAGGUGGAAAACACAAACCAGUUUUUAGCUUUGUUCUCCACAUGGCACAAUACAGCUGAUCCUUCCCAUGCUAAAGAAGAUGAAAUAUGUACUUCAGUAUUUCACACACACAUGAAUCUUGAAGAUUAUGAUUGCCAUAAAGCCCAAGAAAACCAGGAUAAUCCAAGUGAGUUAGAAACAGAAAAAACAGCAGAAAAAACGCAUAGCAAAAAUCAAACCAACCAGCAUUUCAUUAAAAAGAACAUUGAGCUAGCAAGGGAUUCAGGAAACCAAUUUGUUAUGCUUGAGGGAGAAAGGAAGAGGGUUACUGAACUAUUGAAAGAUACAGAAGAUGAAUCUGAAUUGCAAGAUUUUGAGGACAAUGUAGCUGUCUGGCAGGCAUCAGGAGAAGGGUACACACCUGAACUGAUGGAAGUUCAUCUCCUGAAUGAGAUAGACAGUAAGCUUCAACUGCUACUAUCUGCUGGGGAGUUUCCUGCUCUUUCCAGCUCUGGCUCAAAAUGUCCAAGCCAGAUAUAUCAGGAGCCUCUGAUUUAUGAAAAUAGAAGCCUAGAAACACUUCCAGGUGAAAAUGUUCUGCGGGAAAAUAAGGAAAAGCGUGAUCAAGAGAAUCGUCUGAAAGAAAUAGAUUAUCAGCUGGAAUCCCUAGAGAGAAGUCUUACUGAAGAACAAAUGAGCCUCUCUGAAGAGCAGCUUAAGACCCUUCUGGAAGAAUGUAUGCGGCCUCAGAGAACAAUAAGUAACGUUACCAUGCCACAGUCUCAGGAAUCUCUUUCUUUUGGAUUAAGUCCCCCUUGUUACACAAGUCAAGACUCCACUCUUCACUCCACAUCUAGUCUUUCCAAAAUGUUAGUUGAAGACCAUAUUGUAGGGAUGUUAACGGCUCAGGAAAAGGCUGGACUCGAAGACAAAAGCUUAUGUGUUAAUGCAGAGAGCAAAAUCCCUGGCUACUAUAUCAGCAAAGCAUUGGCUGGUAGUCACUUAUCAAAGGAUUCACUGGCCCAAACAGAGGAACCUGAUGACCUAGAAGGUUUACAGAAGAUGGAAGAUAAGAGUUUUACUGAAGGUUACUUUAUGUCAAGAGUGCUCAACACAAAAAGAUUGAAGAAACCUUCUUUCUUGGGUGAACCAUUAUAUUGCAUUGGCAUGAACAAUGAGCCAUCCACAGAGGCUGACAUUCCCAGCAUACCACUGCAAACCAAAGGAGGUGACUCAGUUCUGUCUGAAGCAAUUAGUCCUGGACAUAGCCCAAAAGAUCAUAUGAACAUUGAAAUUUGAGGGGAUAUGCUUCUCUUCACAACUAUUUUCUGAAAGUGUAGCUAAACCUCGUACAGACAUACAGUAUCAUAUCAAGCAACUGGAUGGGAAUAAAUUAUUAUAAUUUAAAAUGUUCUGUGGGUUGAUUUUUUCUUUAGAGAUAAUUAUUAUUGUCAUUGCCAUAUAUUGUUGUCUUUUGGUUUCAAAAUAAAGUCUUGCAUUUCA